AUGGCUUUGAGCCCAGGCUGGAGAGUGUUUGCAUCAUUUCCCGUGAACCGCUAUGUUGUCCUCUGGAAGGCUGUGAGAAGCAGUGGCUUCCCCUUGUUUCCCUGUGGUCACUGCCCCUGGAGAGGAACUGGAAGCCUUUUGGACCCUGAGAUGAAAGUUUUCCUGGAGGAGAACACUGAAGUCACCAGCAGUGGCAGCCUCACCCCUGAAAUCCAGUUGCGGCUUUUGACCCCCAGAUGCAAGUUCUGGUGGGAGAGAGCUGACCUGUGGCCCCUCAGGGAUCCUUACUGGGCAAUCUACUGGCCAGGGGGCCAAGCCCUGUCUAGGUAUCUUUUGGAUAAUCCUGAUGUUGUCAGAGGAAAAUCUGUGUUAGACAUUGGGAGUGGAUGUGGCGCUACAGCCAUCGCUGCUAAGAUGAGUGGAGCCUUAAGGAUCUUGGCCAAUGACAUAGACCCUAUUGCAGGAAUGGCUAUUAAACUAAAUUGUGAGUUGAACCAACUGAAUCCUUUUCCCAUUUUAAUCAAAAACAUUUUGGAUUUGGAACAAGAUAAGUGGGACCUUGUUGUGCUUGGAGAUAUGUUUUAUGAUGAAGACCUUGCAGACAGUCUGCUUCAAUGGCUGAAGAACUGCUCUGAGGCCCACAGAACUCAAGUACUGAUUGGUGACCCUGGGCGACCCCAAUUCAGUGGACAUAGCAUUCAGCAUCAACUGCACAAAGUAGCAGAAUAUUCACUUCCAGAGCCUACAAGGCAGGAUAACAAUGGACUGACAACAAGCACAGUGUGGCAGUUUCAGCCUUGA